UACGCCUUUACAGCAACGCCACUGAGAAGAUUCCACAAUGAUUCUUUAGUUGUGGACACUACCGUACAUCACCACACUCCCUCUCUUGCUCUUGGUCCUCCUCAUCUUUGCCCGUCAUGCUGACCGCACAGAGGACAUGUGUCGCUCUGGCUGCACGCCGACUUCUAGGAGCUCCCUGUUCCUCACACGGAUUCAGCAACACACGCUCACAGACGCACUCCCGACAGUUUCGUACCGCAACGCCCUGUCAGGAUGAAGUGGACCUGCACCCGGAGUGGGCCAGCCUGGCCAAAAAACAACUGAAAGGGAAGAACCCAGAAGACCUGAUCUGGCGCACGCCGGAGGGCCUCAACAUCAAACCCGUCUACACUAAAGCAGACUCUGCAACGAAGCCAGACGAACUGCCGGGGGUCUUCCCUUAUACUAGGGGGCCCUACCCCACCAUGUACACGUUCAGGCCCUGGACCAUCAGGCAGUAUGCUGGCUUCAGCACCGUGGAGGAGAGCAACAAGUUCUACCGGGACAACAUUAAAGCGGGUCAACAGGGUCUCUCGGUGGCCUUCGACCUCCCGACUCACCGCGGGUAUGACUCCGACAACCCCCGUGUCCAUGGCGAUGUCGGAAUGGCGGGGGUCGCCAUAGAUACCGUGGAGGACACCAAGAUGCUGUUCGACGGCAUCCCGCUGGAGAAGAUGUCGGUUUCUAUGACGAUGAAUGGAGCGGUGAUCCCGGUGCUGGCCAUGUUCAUCGUGACGGGGGAGGAGCAGGGGGUGCCCAAGGAGAAGCUGACGGGCACUAUCCAGAAUGACAUCCUGAAGGAGUUCAUGGUGCGCAACACCUAUAUCUUCCCCCCGGAACCUUCCAUGCACGCCAUCGCUGAUAUCUUCGCCUACACGUCCAAGCACAUGCCCAAGUUCAACUCCAUCUCCAUCAGUGGUUACCAUCUCCAGGAGGCCGGGGCGGACGCCAUCUUGGAGGUGGCCUACACCAUCGCCAACGGCCUGGAGUACUGCCGCACUGGGCUGAAAGCUGGCCUCACUAUAGAUGAGUUCGCCCCCAGGCUGUCAUUCUUCUGGGGUAUCGGUAUGAACUUCUACAUGGAGAUUGCCAAGCUGAGGGCAGGCAGGAGGCUGUGGGCCAUGCUCAUUAAGGAGAAGUUCCAACCCAAGCUGGCCAAGUCUCUGCUCCUCAGGACCCACUGUCAGACCUCAGGCUGGUCCCUCACCGAACAGGACCCGUAUAACAACGUGGUGCGUACUGUGAUCGAGGCGAUGGCUGCGGUGUUCGGGGGGACCCAGUCUCUACACACCAACUCUUUUGACGAGGCUUUGGGUCUACCAACGGUGAAGAGCGCCCGCAUCGCACGCAACACACAGAUAAUCAUCCAAGAGGAGUCUGGGAUACCCAAGGUCGCCGACCCCUGGGGCGGGUCACACAUGAUGGAGGCGCUGACCGACGAUGUCUACAACACUGCCCUAAAGUUUAUCAAUGAGAUCGAAGAGGUGGGAGGCAUGGCCAGAGCUGUGGCUGAAGGCAUUCCUAAACUACGCAUCGAGGAGUGUGCUGCUCGCAGACAGGCUCGCAUCGACUCAGGUUCGGAGGUGAUUGUUGGAGUGAAUAAGUACCGUCUAGAGAAAGAGGAGUCCGUUGAUGUGCUGGCUAUCGACAACACCAACGUACGCAACAAGCAGAUCGACAAACUCAAGAAGGUGAGGGAGAGUCGUGAUGCUGAGGUGGCGAAGAGGUGUCUGUCGGCCAUAGAGGAGUGUGCUCGUACCAGGGAGGGGAACCUGCUGGGGCUGGCUGUGGAGGCUGCUAGAGCCAGAUGUUCUGUUGGGGAGAUCACGGAUGCCAUGAAGGCUGUGUUUGGGGAACAUAAAGCCAGCACCAGGAUGGUGAGCGGAGCCUACCGCAGCGAGUUCGGUGAGCAUGAGGAGAUCUCCACAGCACACAACCGGGUGGUGGAAUUUAAGAAGCAUGAGGGCAGGAACCCUCGUCUGCUGGUGGCCAAGAUGGGCCAGGACGGCCAUGACAGGGGGGCAAAGGUCAUCGCUACGGGAUUCGCUGACCUGGGAUUUGACGUUGACAUUGGACCGCUCUUCCAGACCCCCCUGGAGGUGGCCCAGCAGGCGGUAGAUGCAGACGUCCACUGUGUUGGGGUCAGCACGCUGGCCGCAGGACACAAGACCCUGGUCCCAGAGCUUAUCAAGGAGCUUCGCAACCUCAACCGCCCUGACAUCCUGGUCAUCUGUGGAGGGGUCAUCCCACCUCAGGACUAUAAGUUCCUGUACCAGAUUGGUGUGUGCUGUAUCUUCGGCCCCGGGACGAGAAUCCCUCAGGCUGCAGUAGAGGUGAUAGACAACAUUGAGAAGAGCCUGGACAAGAUCCGCCAGGCCAUGUAGACAGAUUGCUGAUGAACAAUAUAACUCAAUAAUAUAGGUGUGUGUGUGUGUGUGUGUGUGUGUGUGUGUGUGUGUGUGUACACACAGCGAUGGGAAGAAGUUGCAAACAUCGGCGUGUGAUAUCUGCACAGGAUGAUAGAAUAGCGCAAUGAGAUUGUGACAUGAAUAUAUUCAUAAUGACUGUGUGAAUUUUGCCCUAAACCACAACCAAUAAUAUACAGUUUAGUCUACAGAUCACUUAGUAUGUCUUCAUCAGCGUUUCUCAAUCCAUUUCUGGAGGACACCCCUGUUCAUCUAAUCAAGGACUUGGUGAUUGGUUGUGUACAGUAAGUGCUGGGUUUGAAAACGUAUUCUUUCUGAGCACUCUCCUAAGGAUAGAUUGUAAAACACUGAUAUGGGGCGGCUGGUAGCCUAGUGGUUAGAGCGUUGGACUUGUAACCGAAAGGUUGCAAGAUCGAAUAUCCGAGCUGACAAGGUAAAAAUAUGUCAUUCUGCCCCUGAACAAGGCAGUUAACCCACUGUUCCUAGGCCUUCAUUGAAAAUAAGAAUUUGUUCUUAACUGACUUGCCGAGUUAAAUAAAGGUAAAGAAAUAAAAUAAAUACACACAGAUGUUUGUGAAAACUGAAAAUAUAAUAGUGUGAAAUCUGCACAGGAUAUUAUGGUAGAACAAGGAGAUUGUGGAACUAUUCGUAAUUACUUUUAUCUAAAUUCCAUGUUAUCUAAAGUCACUGAACUUAUGUUGUCAAUAAAAAUAAUGUGAUUUUGUUUGCUGUAA